AACAUCCUCUUUGCAUCCGCACGCGCCGCCCUCGCAUUGGCUGCUCCUGUCAACGACAUCAAGAAGCGUAGUGAGACCAUCACUGACAAUCAAACCGGCAACUACGGCGGUUACUACUUCUCCAAUUAUGUCGAGACUGGCGCCGACACUUUCACCAUCGGGACUGGCACAUACAAUCUGCAAUGGACCAGUGCCAAUACUGACGUCGUUGCUGGUAUUGGUUGGCAGACUGGUGCAGCUCGGCCAGUUACAAUCAACUACUCCGGAUCCAUUGAUGCAAAUAACGACAGCCUGGUAGCUCUCUACGGAUGGACUACUGGACCUCUUGUCGAGUACUAUGUCAUCGAGACCUUCGGCACUUACAAUCCUGGUAGCGCUGGAACUCAUCUAGGCACUGUUACUACUGACGGCGGCGUUUACGACAUUUACGAGACCACUCGUACCGACGCACCCUCAAUCCAGGGAACUGCCGCAUUUCACCAGUACCUCUCCGUGCGCCAGAGCAAGCGUACCAGCGGUACCAUCACCUUCCAGAACCACAUCAACGCUUGGGCGUCUUUGGGCUUGGUGAGUCCGAUUCAGACCUGCAUCAACUGUAGUUGGGCUGACGAUGUUCCAGNNAACCUUGGUACUUUCAACUACCAGAUCAUGGCUACUGAGGGCUACGAGAGCAGCGGUUCUUCUUCCGUUACCAUUUUCUAG